GGAUCUAUGCUCUUCUUCUUGCAUAUCCUCUCCUUCAAACAGGAAUAAGUGAUCUCAUCCAAUGAUGAUGUCUUAAAGGAUAUACCAUACAAACGACCAUCGCUUGGAAUCCAUUCAUAAUCAUCUCUAGAUUUCGCAUAUUGUCCAUCAUAGUCAAAGUGUAUGUUUGUAGAAGAAUAACCCAUUAUCUGUUGUACCAAAUAAAAGUAUACAAUUAAAGUUAAUCCUAGUUAUACAGUUUUGCUAUUAAAGUCCUACUAAAUUAUACUUGUUUACACUUUUUCUCGACAGUAAAGUUUCACCUAUUUACACUUUUAUAGUCUACCCAGUUUCACCCUUUUAAUUCCGGAUUUCAGCUUUGAUUCCCGACAUUUCUUGUUGACUUUGAUUACAAACACACCAUACAGCUCUCAAUUGACAACACAAAGACCCAUAUAUUCGAAAUCUACUGUCUAAAAAUCCCAACCUAACGAGCCGCAUUGAGUUCAUUCAUUCGAGUCCACUAUGAUGGGAUUGAGUUAUAAGAUACAGAGCAAGACAAUGCUUUAACUGAAGUUUAUCUGACCUGGGUUGGGGGUCAAUUACAGCACCCACGCUCGCCGCAAUCUCCUUUACAAUAGAAACUCCGAAUGAUCGCUCUAGCUUUCAUUCUCUCGCUUUCUUCGCCGUCCGCCGAGAGAGACAAUUAGAACAAUUAGGGAGGAGGGAGAAAAAUUAAAACUAAUUAAGAAAAUCCACCUGGACAGGAGAGAGAGAUAAACCGCGCUUUUUUUUGAUUGGUCAAGUAAAGGAGCGUUUUGAUUGGUCAAGUAGAGAGGGUUUUCAUUGGUCAAGUAGAGAGGGGCACUUUCGACUUUGACCAUCGAGUUGAAGAGUAGGAAAACAGAUAAGAGUAUGGCAGAUUACAUGAGAGUACGCUAGAUCACUUUUUCCCUCAUUAAGAGUACCUGAGCACUUGACUCAUCUCCAUCCCCACUCCAUAAUUUACUCCGAAUAUGGAGUGGAAAAUGGAGUAUGAGCAAACAAUAAAAAAUCACUCCAUUUAUAGAGUAAUCACUUUUUUGUUUCUUCAUUACUAUAUUUCCCAUUCCAUUUUGCAGUAAAUUAUGGAGUGGAGAUGGAGAUGGUCUUAGACUGGAAAUGAUCGAUGAGAAUUAUGAAAGUGACUAGAGAAUGGAAAUGAAGAGCAAAGACAUCGCUAGAGACAUUCUAUGGAAUUUAUCUUUGUCGUUUUAAAUUAAGUCCUUGCUACUUAAUUGGAGUUAGCUCCUUUGGUUUCAUUUAUAAAAAUGAUAUUAAAAAUCAGGCAAAUACAAUUUGCUGAAGCUCGUUUCUCUCACUUACGAUCUUCUUCAUCUUUUGACCUAGAAUCCAUUUUCAGACUUAACAAAUGGUAUCAAAGCCUUUGAAUCCUCUCGACUGUGAAGAAGCUACCUACGUGGCCAUUCUUGCGGAGCUACAUAAGUUAUAGGUGUUGGUGGAUCGAACUUGCGAAAGUAUGGAUCGCCAUGGCACUAUUCACGAUGCAGGCGAAACAGAACUCGUUGAGCAACCCCGACCAGAGAUAUCACUCCGUCAUUAACGCCAGUGAAGCCGCGUCAGCAAAAGAGUAGCGAAAGAUCGGGAAGGCGAGGACAGAUCCGGUUCAUUCAAGCUAGUUACGGUUGAUUCUGAGCUCAGGCCAUGGAAGGAGACUACCGAGUGUAGCUGUUUCAAACGUUCGGUGAGUUGAAAUCGACAGCAACAAAGAAAAACCCACGGGAGAAAUUCAUCGAACACGUGGUGGACGAGUUACCAACUCAGAGUAACGAUGGUUUGGGUCUGGUGAUGACACCAGCUUACCUUCUGGUGGUGUAGAGAAGUGAGAUCUGGGGCACAAGGACAGAUCUGUGUUAGUCACUAAAGGAAAGGGUGCUGGGAAUGUCCUAUCUGUUGUACUUACUCUGUCCUAUCUGUUGUACUUACUCUACUCUAGUUAAAGUUCGUAACGUCCAGAUUUAACCGUCAUAUAAUAUUAGUUGAUUAUAAUGUUUUGGUAGAAACCGUUUACAGUCUAGUCUAUGAAUUGAGAAUUCAUUAAUAUUAUUUUAUGAUCUUACAUAGUUACAUGAUCAUACACCUAAGCAAAGUGGAUCACUAAUAUAUGUUAUGUUCAUACUAAAUAUUAUAUAUGAUAUAAUAUAUGUAUAUAUAUUCACAUACGUGAUGAAAAAAGAGGGUCACAUUACUUUGAAAUAAUAAUGAUGGUCAUCUAAUAUAUUAAAACAAAAGUACAAAUAAAAAAUAGCUCUGAUUUUUUCUCAAUAAUUACCAAUCUAUGCCACUGUCAUCACAACACAGUCGUUUUAACAGCUUUAGAUCACUCUUUUCUUUUGAUUCUCUCCCCUCUUCUAGAGAGAGAGAGAGGUUUCUCUCGAUAUUUCAUCGUUCUUAUCAAACUAUCAUCUUUCGGAAGGAUAAAUCUAUUUCCCUUUCUUUUUGUGUGUUAACAUCUAGAUCGAUUUUUUUUUCUUCGCUUAGCAAUACUUUGUGGUGUUUUCGACCUAAAUCUGAGCAAUUAUUCGUGUUAUAUUUUCUAUUCUUUAAUCUUGCGUCGAUGUAAUAACGGUUCCGAUCUAUAAUCGGAAAGCAUGCCGUAGCCCUCUAUUGCUUCACUCAAUCCCGACCAACAUCUCUUCAACUAAAUAUUCUAUCUUUGUUUGGGUAACAUUGCAUCUGCUUUACCGCAGUCCUUAGUGGGCGGUGUAAGAUCUCUGGGUCAAAAUUAAGCCGGAGACGUGGAUGUGUUCCUUGGGAUAGCUGUUGAAGAUUGGAGCUGAAAGAAGUUGGCGACUGAAGAGAUGAUAUGCUUGAAUUGGUAUUGGAGUUUAGAGAAGUGUUCGUGAAGUUCCAAAUCUCUGUUACGGUGAAGAAAGAGCAAAACCGAAAUCGGAAAAUUUCACGGUGGCAAAGAGCUCCGGCGGCCAUGAUGUUUUCAGCAUGAAGGACACGAUGCUUGAUACACUUAUCAGAAACAGCUUUUGUGUUAUGGGCUCUAUAAUUUGUUUUUUUUUACUUGGAUCUCAUGUAGUCCAUUACCAAUUCUAAUGAAAAAUAUUGCCGACAAAGAAGAAAUCAUUCCUUUUUUCCUUCAUUAAUAAUAAUUUUAAUUCUCAUCGGUUUUCUCUUUUUCUCUCGCGCCUCUGUAUUUCAGAGAAAGAGAAAAGGAAGCUUUUUAUGUUCUUUCCGUAACAUUGUGAAAUCUUAAGUGACUUCUAAAAUUUGAUCAAAAAAAAAAGUGACUUCUAAAAAUCAGACUGAAAUAUAUUUAUAUAGUGUAACUGGCGUAUAUUUUAAAAUUUGUUCUUUAUCUUUGUUACAACCAUCGGGCUUUAGGUAAGUCUCUCUUAAUAUUUGUUGUAAUGGGCCAUUAAGUAAAUUUGAUUGAGCAAAACUUAGACACACAAGACGUACUUGAUCGAUUUUAUUAAAAUAAACCGUUUGGGAUCUUUGUUGAUGAAAAAAUGACUGUUUGUUGCUUAAACCAUUGUUAAAAGUUAGAUUCAGUAGAAGAUUAAUUUGUAAAUCAUACAUAUAUUUGGUUAAUAUAACUAUAACCACUAUUCUUAAACUAAGGUAUGGUUAGUAAAAUUUGAACGCUCCCAUCUUUUUAUUUUUCACAAAAUAUUUUCAAUAUAUAUAACAUAGUUAAUCUUUAACCGUCAAUUUACCUGAUUUAUAGCUACCACAUAAAUUCUUAAGAUUUCAAUAUUUCAUUUCCUAAAAGAAAAUUGAAAUAUAAAAGCAAAUGAUCAAAUAUUAUUAUACGAAUACCAAAAUAUAUUCGAUCAUCUGCUUUUAUGUUUUGAUAAGUAAAAUGGUAAUCACAUGUAAAUUUAAAAUAUAUAUUAAGUAUAAAAUUAUUUUUAAAUAUUAUGCUACAUAUAUAUUUUAUAUAAAUAUUAGGCCAAAGAAUAUAUAAUUCAAUAAAAAUAUGAGAAAUUGUUUAAACUACGGUAUAACUUCUUUAAAUUAAUACUCUAUAAAUUAAUAUACACUAAAAAUCACUAUAAAAUAAUAUAAUUUUAUAAUAUAUAAAAUUAUUGUUUUGGUGUUGUCCCAACAUUAUUAAUUUAUAGAGGUUUCACUAUACUACAUUCUUAGUACCACUUUUAAUGUUUAAUUUAACCAUAUUUACCUUUAAUUUUAAAGAGGCAAAUAUACAGUUAUAACCCUAAGAUUAACUAAUCUACACUUAUUAUUUAGAUUUGAGAGGUGAAGCUUUAGAUUGUGAGGUUUAUGAUUUUAAUAAAUAAAUAAAUAAUUAAAAUUAUUAAUAAAAAGUUUUAAAAGUUUUCAAAAUAAACUAGAAAAAAAUAAUUUUGAAUUUUUAUAAGAAAAUUCGAAUUUGAAAGCAUAUAUAUAAUUUUAUAACUAUAUAAUUAUUUUAUUUAAAUAAUUAUUUGUAUUAAUAAAUUUAUAAAAUAAAUAUAGAAGAGUCUUUUGUUUUUUAACGAAUGUAUUUGUGACAAUGUCUUUCUAGAAAAGAUAGAGUUGCUUGUAACAUAGGGUCACUUCAAGUUUUUAAUUGGCCAAGUGGGUCGCUGCAAGUUUUUAUUGUCGAAACGGGCCAAUAGGGGGGAGAGAAAUAAAUCGGUGACGAAUUUGGCCUUAUGACCCGUCAUGUUAUGGGCCGUGACCCAUGAAACUUUUGAAAGUGACCCACACCAAACGAUCCUAAGACUUAGCGAUCCAAGCGGCCCAGAAGUUUUCGCACGUGUGAGGUCGAGAUUUUAUUUUCUUUUUAUUUUUUUGACUGACCGGUAACAAAGGUUAAAGGUAAUAUUAACCUUUCCUUUUCCCGCCGUUUACUGUUUUCUGAUAUUUGUGGUAAUAUUAAUUAUACUAACAUGUUAUAAAACGCUAACUGGGUAACGGUGAGAAGAAGCUAAGAACUGGUGUACAACUAAAAGAAGCAACCCUACGAUAAGAAGAUAUUCCCAUCCUCUGAGGCCGUCGAUGCUAAUCCACCGUAACUGAAAAGGAUGGAAACAAUUAGCGGUGGUCAGAACGUCGGGUCAAGUAGUGGUGGCACAGGCAGUAAGGAAAUCAGGACCAACACCGGCGAAGGUCUGUGUAAUUCUUGCAUUGUGGUUAUGGCUGGGAGGUGGAUAAUGUUUGACAAUGGAGCUUGGGAUUUCAAGAUAGACAAUGAUAGAAUGGGUAGAGCAUUCGAUUCGUCCAGAAUUAGAGGUGCUGAGGAGUUAAAAACGUGUAUUCUAGCUGCGUAUGGGCUUUUGGGAAGGGAAGUGUCAGCCGAGAUGUCGUAUUGGCUAAAUGAUGGAGAGAGUGAAAUGGUGGGCCUAGUGGCUUCUCCCGUCGAGAUAGCAACGGACAAAGAUUUCAGGAUUUUCAAGGCGCUUCACCGGGCAGACAAAUCCGUCAAUCUCUUCAUAACAUUAAGAGAAAGUGUUGGAGGAGAAAUGAUAUUUCUAAGGUCGGAACGAGUAAUACGGGUCCAAAUGAAUGCACCCGUUCGACCUCCUGAUGAAGAUGUUGCUUUUUUUAUGGAAGUUAAGCAAAUCGAAGAACGCUACAAACGCAACUCUCAGUCUGGUGGCAUGGUUGCGACGUCAAAGGACCAAGACAAAAGCGGAGAAACUCUUGACGACGGCAGUGGGGCUAAUUCAGAGAAUUGCGAGCAAGAAAAGGGGAAUGUUUGUGGAGAUGACUUGGCAGUGGAUAAAAGAGAGAAUAAGGAAGGCAAAGUCGAAGAAGAAGACGCAGUAAAAACAGCGUCAGAUAAUCUGCCUCAACAAAUCUGUCUCAUAGAAGAUACGAGAACGCUAAGUGUUGAACAGGUUUCAGUGGAGAAUGGAAAUAAUGGAGGAGCUCACGAAGAUGUUGCUGCAGAAGAUGAAGGCGAUGAUAGCGAUUACGACUACAAUGGCUGGCAUGAUUAUUGUAGACACGAUUGCGUGACGGACGACGACGACGAUUUUGUAGAAGGUCCAGGCAAAGGAAGAAGUGGUGGACAGUCUGGUGGUAAGGGUAUUAGGCCUCCUGGCGGUAUUGGUGGCACAGGGGCUGCAAAAUCGGCGUGUGGUAAGAAGCAACGAUCACGUGGAGGUGGAUAUAUAUCCAAAAAUAACGAUUCUUCUGUGGAAAUCACCGAUCUAGCAAGAGAUCUUGGAUCACCCUCCAGAUUGGACACAGAAGUAAUAGAGACCGAGGUAGGUGUUGAUGUUGUUCUUGUGACGCCCUCUCAAUCUAAAAACAAACACACCCGGGUGACUGAAGAUAAUGAUGAUGAUGCUGUUGUUGACACUCCUAUUCCCCAGCCGGCCGCAUUUCAAGGUGAAGAAGUAUUGACGAAAGUCGGAGAUAAUGUGAGUGGUACUCCUACAGACGUUGGUUGUGCGCCCAAUCAAGCAACAGAGGCCGUUGAAAGUGGUGACAUAUGUCUCGAAACUCCCCCAAAACAAUAUAACACGCACAACCGUGAGCUCGAAGAUAAGAACGAUGUUGAUCCUCCUGUCACCGCAACUAGACAAGUUCAGGGUGGAGAAGCAUUCAUGAAAGGCAUACAAGUACCAGAAAUGUAUGGAUAUAAUGAUGUAGAUGGUGUGUAUAAUGAAAUGGAUGGAAGCAGCUGCAACCCUCUUGACAUUGACUUCAGCAAGGAGGACUCUGACAUAUACGUGGGAAGGACGUUCAAAAACAAAGCGGAGUGCAAGUUGACGUUGGCUAUCUACGCAAUUGCGAAGGUGUGCACGUUUAAGCUCAGGCAUUGCAAACGCCGACUCACGGCGAAAUGCUACGAAAAAGAAUGCAACUGGAGAGUAGUGGCUGUUCAACUCGGUGAUUCUCCAACUUAUCUGGUUAAAAAGGCAAUUCUGAAUCAUGUAUGUGUAGCCGACGUUAGAGGGAAGUAUAAAAAACAUGGUACAGCCAAAGUGCUUGCAGCUCUAUUGCGUUCGAAAUACGAGAGGCUUUACUCUGGGCCGCGUUCUAUGGAACUUCCGGAAAUGUUGCGAACGGAAUUCAACUAUACAUGCUCAAACUGGAAAGCUUGGAAAGCGAAAGAACUAGCGAUUGCAUCUGCGCAAGGAACAGAGGAGGAUUCAACAAGAUGCUACCACAGUACUUCCAUGUACUCAAGCUAGCAAAUCUUGGAACAAUCACAGAUAUUAAAACCGAAAAAGACAAAGAAGGAAAACAAGGUUUAAGUAUGCGUUCAUGUCCCUGAAAGCAUGCAUCGAUGGAUGGAAGUACCUAAGGAAGGUGCUAGUGGUGGACGGCACCCACAUGUUUGGAAAGUAAAAAGGUGUUUUGAUAAGUGCCAGCAGACAAGAUGCUAACAGCCGCGUAUUCCCGAUUGCUUUCGCAGUAGUGGAAAGCGAGAACACAGAAUCUUGAACAUGGUUUUUCGAGAGGUUAUCUACUAUUGUAGAGGAUGGUUCUGAUUUAGGUAUAAUAUGAGAUAGAUGCGCAGCAAUUUUCGCAGCGAAAGAUAAACGGUACCCACGUGCACACCAUGGUAUUUGUCUCGUACACCUCCAUCGUAACGUUCAGGAUAAGUAUAAGGGGCUGCAACAGAAAGCAAUGGUUGGCAGAGCUGGGGAAGCGUUCAGAGUUUCGGAGUGUAAGGAGAUAAUGGAGCUUAUUAAACUGACGGAUUGGAGAUGCUGGGAUUAUUUGGAGAAGAUCGACAAGAAGCUAUGGACACGUUCACAUUUCGAAGGGGAGAGAUUUAACGUGAUGACUUCUAACGCUGCUGAAUCGUUGAAUAAUGCUCUUCUGCCCGCUCAUGAUAGUCUUAUAAUGGCAUUGUUCGAGUUUAUUCGCCGGAAGCUGUGUACAUGGUCUGUGAGCAGACGCAGCGAGAUCAGUAAGAUGAAGGGAAAUGUUCCAGAUAAUAUUCAAAAGAUACUGGUCGAACAGCUGGUGCUGUCAACGGGCCUUCUAGUUAUGCCAUGUUCGACUUGGUUAUUCGAAGUUACGCACAUGCCAACUAAUUUUGGUUUCACGGUUGAUCAGGAUAAACGAACUUGCACUUGCCUCGAAUUCCAAAAGCUUGGUUUGCCAUGCCGACAUGCCAUUGCUGCUGCUUCUUACCGUAAUAUGCAGUACAGCAUGUUUGUUUGCAAACACCAUCUCAAAGAGACAUGGGCUAAAACAGUUAGGGGUAUCAUACUUCCGGUUCCGGAUCCAAAGGAUGUUGAAGUGCCAGCCGAAAUACUAACGGUUGAUCUUUAUCCACCAACGACCAAACGAACGAAGGGAAGACGAUCCCGGCCAGGCGGAUGACAAUGAUGCUUUUUACGACAGAGACGGGUCUGUUCCGCAGGGAGUCGGAGGGAGCGAUGAUGAAUCCGAUAGUAAGGUUGAUCUUGAAGACUAUAAGGAGUACCUUGAGGAACAUCACCGGAGCGAGUCCGAGUCAAGUCGAGAAUCCAAAUGAUCAGAAAUAUGGCAAUAGAUUUAUAUCAACUUAAUUUAUGUAUUAGAUUUAUAUGUGUACUACAAUAUGUUCUACACUUUAACAACAACAAAAUGUACACCUUUGAUAAUAUUAACUAAAUUUAUGUAUUAUAUAUUACCGAGAUGGGUAUACCUGCAUAGAUUUUAAAAGCAAUCAUAAUUAACUAUAGAUUUUAAAAGCAAUCAUAAUUAAUCAUAUUACCGAGAUGGGUAUACCUGCAUAGAUUUCAAUCAUAAACCCGUACACCUGCCGCUUAUAUCCUUACAUAACGUACCUCUAUCUAAAUUAACCAUAUACUGAAAUAAAUAUAAUAUAUAAACACAAAUAAAUAGUGUCUGCAAUUUAGUUACACAAUGAAUUGUACACCGUUUAGAAUAAGUUGUACACGUUUAACUAUUUAAAGUAUGUUGUAUACAUGGAUAGACUUUAAUACAAAAGUCAAUCGGAAACACAGUUUUAGUCCACAAUAAUGUAUUUGUACUCUUUCGGUGGUAAGACCGACGCAUCAUUCGGCCCAAUGUAACUGGUAUUGAAGAAUGAAAGUUGGUGUAAACAAUUGUCAUACCCGUUAAACAGUUAAUUGUCCUCAUACCCGUUAAACGGUUAAGUAUUUUUAUCUUGCAUCAUUUCGUUUCGUCCCUAUGAUACUCCUUCGCUAGUCACAUCAUUUCAUCUCUGUUUGUUAUGUAAACCUCGAUUAUAAAUAGGGUUGACCCUAUUCGAUUUUUGGAAGCGGUGACACAUUCUAGUCGUAACGUAUAAGCAGAAAUCUCCUAAAAAUGGAACAAUUCCCUAUACUCAGCCUCCUGACAGAGGUCCCGGAGUUAGUCGUUAAACGCGUGGCACAUAACUCCUUCGAAGAUCUUUUCAGACUCCGCGCUACUUGCAAGGCUAUGCGUUCAUUGACAGACGAUAAAGACGUUUAUGCUUCGUUCGAUUUGUUUAAAUAUCCGUGGAGGCUCCGCGGGUUUAGGCUCCGUUACCUAUUGAGAAGAUGCUAUGCCCAGGGAAACCCAAGUACACUUUACAUCAAGGGCGUUGAGUAUUUUUACAGGCGAAAUAUGUAUGUUGAGGGUCUUGAUUUGAUGAAGAGAGCAGCGGAUGCUAGAUUUGAGCGAGCCUCGUAUACCUACGCCAUGACAAGCAAAUUAUGGGAUGAUGAUGGCGACCACUUCAGGGGAUUUUCAAGAGACUACGUCGCUAAGAUCGGACUGCUGGUAAGAUCCUCGGCUGGAUUGUGGAAUUGGGACCAUAACGACUACUUCCACAUAAGGAGGCACGUCUUUAUAUCAACAGUCGCACCGAUAUUUUUCAGCUGUCCUUGUUCUCCUCUAUUGGACGGACAUUGGGCAUUAUGGGACAUCGACAAUAGGAAGGCUGAAGACAUGUGUAACCGGUGCUUCUGGAUAAAAGAGGUUGGUCUUCUUCUAAGCGACUUCAAGGCAUCCACCGGUCAUCCAAACUUUGAAACGUGGCGUUAAGACUUGUUGGAUGGUGGUAAUCUUCGUGCACACUACUUUAUCCUACGUACAUUGUGUUUAAAUUGUUGCACACCAACUAAUAUUUCUAAUCUUUCGAAGAGAAUACUAUUAUGUCAAUUGAAACGUAGGAUACUAUUAUGUCAAUUGAAACGUUGGUUACUAUUACGUCAAUAAAAAGGGAAGACGACGUAUUUCCCCACCAUAACUAUCACAUAGUAAUAAAUGUACACAAUCUUUAAUCCUCAUCCCAAUUGCCCACUUUAUAAGUAUAACAACCUAUUUCCACACAAUAUGGAAGUUCGAAACUCGUUUCCACACAGACGAAGAUUUGAAUUGGUUUUAAUGGUUUUCGACUUUAACCGGUAGUAAACCAGUUCGUAUCGGUUGAAACUGGUACGAUCCAACUCAAAAAUAGAUCCGACUUAGGAUCGACCCGAAACCCUUUUAAAACCCCCAAAAUCGAUUUCAUUCCCUUAGAACCCUAAAAAUAAAAUAAAAAACAGAGAAGAGAUUAAACGAAUAAAAACCCAGAAAGUAUGAGCAAUGAAUCUGGAAAUUCGAGUGGAGCCAGUAGCGCGCGAGCAAGAGGUCGCAUUGUUGGUGUGCCGAAGAGAUGUUGGUGUGGAGAAUUGGUUGUCUCUUUGAUGUCAAAGUCGACCGCAAAUCCUUACAGAAGAUACUUCCGGUGUGCUUUUGCAGCAGAGAAAAGGGUUAGUUUCUUGCUAUAAAUGUGAUUGAGUUUUUGUGUGUUUGAAGUCAAAAUCGAAUUUUUGUGUGUUUUGUAGCUGAGUAAUGAUAAUCACACUUAUAAAUGGGUUGAUGAGGCAUUGUUGGAUGAGGUUGAAGCAUUGUCAUUUAGGAUAGGGAAACUUGAACAAACAAAUCUUGCUGAGCGUGGUGAAGAAGAGAAGAAGAAGUUUGAAGAGCUUGAAUUGAAGAUAGAGACUGAGAUUUGUGCAAGAAUGGAAGAUGUUGUGAGUGAAGCUAAAUGCGAGGUGAAGAAAGCGCUUGUGCUUGUUGUUUUAGGAUGUUUGACCAUGGUUGUGUUGUCUAAGAUUAUAUAGCUUGUCGCAGUUGAUUCAAAACCGAUGUUUGUCUCAGUUUGUUUAUGUUUAAGUCUUUAAGUCGAUGAUGGUUGUAUUGUUAAGUGUUUGUUCUGUUUAGGAUGAUGAUUCCAAGUAUGUUAUUUUAAAAAGUUUCAGUUGUUUUAAAAAGAGAGAAUCAAAGUCUAAAGCAUACAUAGAACACAC